AUGAAUAAUCAACUAGACGAUCACAUUCCUAUUGAUGUACGCUUGAGAAAAAAAUCUCGAGAAUCGCAUCCAUUAACACGUAAAUCUCGUUCGAUAAGUCGUUAUAUUCUUGGUAGUAAACAUUCAAGUAUUGAUCUAACUGCACAUGAUAUUGAUAUAACACGUUGUUUAACAUCGUUUGGAAUAUUUGAUUCCUAUGAUUUAUGGGCAAGUGUAACAUUAUUUCGAGAUUAUAGAACCUGUCGACGUUUAUUUAUAAUAACAAAUAAAAAUGAAUUAAUUAUCGGUAAAACAAAUCAAAAGCGAUCAUUAUUGAAAAUAAAAUAUCGCAUUGAUUUAAAUCGUGUAUGGUUAUACACAAAUAUAGAAAAUUUAAAUGAACCUAUCGUAUCAGAAAUAACAUCAUUGACUUAUUAUGAUUAUCAUCGUACAUUGAUUCUUGGUUGGCCAUUAGUAGAAAAUUUUCUUGUUGAAUUCGAUUCAAAAGAUAUUCGAGACAUUUGGUAUACGCGUAUUCAAUCAAAUCUAAAUUUUUGGUGGCAAUUAAACAAUUCCAAUUUUGAACAUGUUCGCAUCGUUAUUGAUCAGAAUCAAGAAUGGGAUCAAAAUAAUAAUACAACUUCGUUUUUAAUCCGUAAAGUAAUCAACAUUCGACCACAAGAAACCGUUCGAGAUUUAAUUAAAAAAUGUAUUGAUGCAUGUCAUCUUCGAGUAUGUUAA